ACGUACGUCGUGUCUGUCUUUCUCUACUUCCGACUCGUCUUCGCCACCAACUGUAAGUAUAAUCCUUUUUCGUAUACGUAACAUGUUCGUACACGGUUUUCGCUUAACAGUGCAUGGACGCAAUUGUUUGCGUGUCUAUUUGCGCGUUACGUCUUUUCAGUUUUGGUCUCUCCCGCGAUCAUAUGAGCUUCAGUUGAAGCAUUGAAGCGUUUGCAACGGUGGACUGCUUACAGCGGUUUGUUCGCUCGUCGCAAGUUCUAUAUCCCGUAUGUAAUUAUUUAUUUGCGGUGAUCCUGCGUUUGCGUUUAGAAUCUAAAUACCUAAAUGGGCUUGAAUUUUGUUUCUGCAGUCUUGAGACAGUGAAAAUUUUAGAGGACUCCAUCGCACAGGCUAAGAUUCUAACUGUAGUAGAAACUGAGUUUACUAAGUAACGACUAAUAGUUGAACAGUAUUGUUUUUAACUUCCGUGUUGAUUUUUCGUAAGAUAGUGACACUAAGGCAUCUUUUUUCAGUUUGCUCGAUCAGUUUGUGAUCGACAUUUGGAAUCCCUACCUCCCACACAUCUGAGUGGAGGAAGUUUACUUGUAAGAUUUAACUAACUGCAAUAGAUUUAUUGGACUUUCAUGUCGAAUCUCAAAUCACGCAUGAUAUUACACACUGGAGAAAGGCAAUAUGAAUGCAGUGAGUGUGGAAAGAAGUUUACUCACUCUGGUAAUCUACAUGUUCAUUUGAGAAUGCACACUGGUGAAAGACCAUAUGAAUGCAGUGAGUGUGGAAAGAAAUUUACUCGAUCUUUUAAUCUGCAAGGUCAUAUGAGAAUGCACACAGGGGAAAGGCCAUAUGAAUGCAGUGAAUGUGGAAAGAAGUUUACUCGAUCUGGUCAUCUAAGAGUUCAUAUGAGAAUGCACACUGGAGAAAGGCCAUAUGAAUGCAAUGAAUGUGGAAAGAAGUUUACUCGGUCUCAUCAUCUAGAAGCUCAUAUGAGAAUACACACUGGAGAAAGGCCAUAUGAAUGCAAGGAGUGUGGUGAAAAGUUUACUAAAUUGUAUAAUUUAGAAGUUCAUAUGAGACUGCACACAGGAGAAAGGCCAUAUGAAUGCAGUGAGUGUGGAAAGAAAUUUGCUCGAUCUGAUUAUCUAAAAGUUCAUAUGAGAAUGCACACAGGAGAAAGGUCAUAUCAAAGAUCUCACCAAAAAGAAAAGAAAUACCAACGCAAGUCUCAAUUCCAUUGUAAUAAUACUUAUUUAUCUGUUCAAACUUCUUCAAUGUUUAGUGAUAGAAGCUUACUUACAUUUCUAUCCAUUCCUUCCAGUGGUGUCUGCAGUUCAUCUGCUGGUUUCUCUAUGUUCCACCAUCCCAAUAUAGCUGUGACAUAUGGUGUGACUGUGUCUACGUGUAGUGGCAUGUUGGUGAUGGAGAAAGUUGUAACGUCUUUGUCUGAUGUGCUUGCUGAUUCAGACGUGAAUAAUGAGAUGAAUGUACGUGAUAGAGUUGAUAUUUCUUAUGGCAUUGUUUGUGCAGUUGACUAUUUGCAUCAUCAAGUGGGAAUCAUUCAUGGCUACAUAAGCCCUACCACUAUAUUUAUCACAUCUCGACUGACCACCAAACUGUUAGAUCCAGCAGCAUCUUGUCUCCUACAUAAUAAGAUAUGUCAACGUGCUAAGUCAUAUGAAGAAGACCUGCAUCAACUAAUCUGUCUCCUCGUCAAGUUAUAUGACUCAUGUUCACAAUUUUUAGCUAUUUGUCAUCGUUUAUGCAACAUGAUCAGUUGUGACGAGAUUAGUAAAUCAAGGGAAAAAUUUGUGUCUACGACGGACCUGCUUGAGUUAAUUGAUGAAUUGAGACAGAAUGAGGAAUACAGUUGCAGCUCACACAGAUGUGAACUAUCUUGGAAAAUUGAGCAUGUUGUCUGAUUAGAUAUGAAUGUUAACUGGUUGUGUUUGCAGUGUUUGUGUAUAUACAAUACAAACCGUCGUUAUCCGGAUAUUGAUGGAAUAUAUUGUGUA